AUGACCACCCUUUCUUCCAAAAGCCUUGCCAAUUCUGUGGCCUACUUCAAUGGCCGCGUCUACACUAUCGACACACGACAGCCAUGGGCUGAGGCAUUCAUUGUCACCGCGACCGGAAUUUUCGAAGCGGUUGGGUCGGACACAGAAAUUCUCUCAAUCGCCAAGAAGCGAAUGCUUGUGCAGUUCGAUCUACGACAGAAGUUUGUGAUGCCUGGCAUCCACGAUGCCCACUCGCACAUGUACAUGGGUAGCACCAUGCAGCUGAAUGAAAGCACUAUGAAUCUGGAAAUACCCGACAGCAAGAUUGGAGAAAAACUUCACCACGGACAUUGCAUGUGUUCUUACUAUGGCGUCAGAGAUGAUUGGGUCAUUGGCAACUCUUACGGAGCGUUCAACUUCGCCGAUUCAAUUCCUGACCGUCGGUACCUUGAUGGUAUUUGGCCAGACCAGCCCGUCUUUCUACGAGAAGUCUCAGCUCAUAAGCUUUUGCUUAAUACUGCAGCCUUGAAGAGACUCGGGAUCGACGAUUCCAUCGUCGACCCUCCUGCGGGUGCCUUUGUUCGGCGAUCAGAUGGUACAUUGACAGGCGAGCUGCUGGAAUCAGCUACGGGGUUGGUCUGGGAUAACUUGCCAAAACCAGCCCUAGCUCACGUCAAACGGGCUCUCGAACAUGGCAUGUCUGUCUGUCAUCGUUACGGAAUUACGUCCGCCCAGGAGGCAAUUGCAAACACCGCUUACUUGCACGCAUUGCAUGAGUUAGAGUUUGAGAACAGGCUCAACUUGGACAUGUAUACACACAUUAUGAGCGCUCCUGCGGCCAUCGCCGAAGAGAGUGAAGAAAGCCUGAUUUCCCUGCUGAAUAUUGCCGAGGGCUUCAGAACUAAACAUAUUCACCCUCAGUUUGUCAAGUUCGUCUUGGACGGGGCACCGAUCCCACCUCAUCUGACACAAGCCGACCUCGAUGAGGACGGUCGUACGUGUGAAGAGAACAUAUAUGUUGACAGAGAAACGCUCCUCACACGUAUGAAAUUGUUUGACUCGAGAGGCAUGACGUGUAAGCUUCACGCUGCGGGUGAAGGAAGCGUCAGAAUGGCGCUGGAGGUCAUCGAGAAGCUCCGAGAAUCAAACAAGGAUGGCCCUAGGCAUGAGAUUGCUCAUUGUAACUCUGUUCAUGCUGAUGACAUAAGGCGCUUCGCUCCUUUGCGAAUCACUGCUGAGAUGUCUCCAGCGAUAUUUCACCAGCCGCUCCUCUUUGAAUCGGUCCCGCACUUAGGCAACUGGAAUUUUAACGGGUUUCUUUCCUCAAAUAUGCUCAUGACAAUAGGCUCGGACUGGGCCGUUGUACCCACUCCAGAACUCUUUCCCGCUCUGACCGGGAUCGUUGAAAAGAUCCACGGAUUUGAAGACGAUAAUACUACAGACGGGGAUGGCUUAACCGAUCUCCAACGAGGUGGCCGGAUCCUUUGCCGAGUCAUCACGCUGGGUGGGGCCGAAGCUGUUGGUGCAAACCAUAGAACCGGCAGCAUCGAGGUUGGAAAGAAGGCGAAUUUUAUUGCCGUCAAUCAGGACUUGAGCGAAGGGCAUUUCAAGGAUGCAAAGGUCUUGCAGACUUGGUUCGAAGGCAGGAUAGUAUUCAGCGCGAGGAGUGACGGGAUGCCGUCUCUUUGA